UUGGGGUCUUAUGAGGAUGGCACGCCUCAACUGGCCCGUUGUCUGAUCUCGAACGAGUCCUCUUGUUAACAGUAACCUUUCAGUACAGCGAAGCGCUUACCAUUGUAUCGAAGGCACCGUAUGUACACUGUGGUGAACGCCUAAUCGGACACUGAAUGUUGGAUGUGGUGGCUUGCGCGGCGUUUUUAUGAUGCGAUAGCUAACGCCACUAUACUACGGAAACUUGUUUCUGCCGCAGCACGAACCGAUCGUGACGCUGGGAGACUGUUUGCUCGUGGGCCCAGUUGCACUGAGUGGCCACGUCUUCAGCAUAAAGAUUCCGCUGCUCCUGACUCACCUCUGCUUCUCAGAUACCGCUAGUACGAAUACAAUAACGGCUUAUUAACACGAUAAGGAUCGUUCAGUAAUCCAUUAGUGGAACCAGUUUCACUUGUUUCGUAAUCCUGAAAAGGCAUUUUUCAACUAACGUUGCCGUCGGUCUGCCACAAGAGAUCCACUACCUGUCGAGCGACGCCUGUUCAUGCGGACAUUUUGAACGGGUCCAAGAUACAGGAAUGCCGAAUGUCAAUUUAUAGUAGCUCUGCGAUAAUAAUAGGGUUGCUAAUACUUGCUUCUGAACCCCUAUUGACGAGGAUAUGGUAGAUAUAGGAUUUUGUCGACGUGAAUUGUGUGUUGACGUAUUCCCCGGAAGCAGGAAGGAACUAUCUUAAAAACUAGUUUGUUUAAGAUGACGAUCUUGUGGUGGCGCCCCCUUUUCCAGUUUCGCGCUUUUCAUCUAUGCUCAAGGAUAUAAUCGUAGUGCGGAAAAAAUCAGACGGGAAAGCACUUUUUGCUGGCUCAGAAUUAUGCCGUUUAGCCAGAUAGCAUGAGCUUGAUCGCAAUAUGAAUAUAAAGCAGCUGCAUUGUGUUUCUCAACGACGCUGAAGUGUGUGUCCGCCGCUGACGCCUGGAAUGGCAGGGGGACGGUAAACGCAAACUUGAAGAUCGAUAGAGCAUCAGCAGGAAACAGAAGCAUAACUACUAAGAAUGAUACAUCAACGUUCCGUAACUGAGAACGUUGAUAACAAGCAAUUGUCGCAUUGCUGACCAUGUGAAGGGAAAGUUGUACGGUGGCGAAAUACUACGAGCGCUGUGAUCGUGCAUUCAGUACGUUGAUAACGCCUCUUUUCUCUCGGAUAUAUCUAUAAUGCAAGAAAAUUCGAUGGUUACAAAAUGUGAAGGCAAUAUGGAAGAAAACAAAUCCGCUGUGUCAUGUUGUAUCCAUUGGGGUGAUUUGCGAAGCUGACUGCGUGUGUGCGUCUAUGAAUAAUGGCUAAAUUCGAUAUAUACAUUUCUCGCCGUUCAGUAAUUCCCUCUUACUACCGGUGCCGCCAUUGACAGUAUCAGUGUUGUUGUUGUUAUUAUAAUUAACUUCUGCCGCAAGUUAACAUCCGCUAACUUGGCACCUUGACUACGUUAGCCAGCGAAUGUGUUGUUCACAUCAAAAGCAGAACACGGUCGUGAUCGGGCCACACCAGUUAACGCAGGAACCUGACGAUGGGGUUCGCCAGUGACCUGCAAGGCUUCGAGAGCCACGACGCUUUACUUAACGUACAAGAUGCAGAAAUCGAGCUGCUCGAGCACCUUCGACGCUGCGUUCAGAUCAAGGUGAAAGCGGAUAGGGAGUAUUCGCUCGCCAUGACGUCGAUGUUCGUACAGGCGGGAAAACUUAACGGCAACCUCGAAGAGCUUCGCGGGAGUCUUAUUAAAAAGGCGUGGGAUACAAUCGUUGAAACUACUGAAACAAUUGGGAGAAUAGUUCGUCAAAAUGCUGAUUUUCUAGCGGCUAACACACUUGAAAGUAUCACCAAUCUCAUCCUUGAAAAAAAAGCCCUUCGUAAAGUUUAUAUGGAGGAACACCACAGGAUACAUGCUGAACUAACAAGGCUCCGCGAAGACGUGUUUCGAAUUAAAACUGAAUAUGAACGGUCCGUUGAGGCGGCAAACGAUGCUCGAAUAAAAUACGACGAGGUAGUUUCGCGCGCUGAUUCCGGACCAACGAAACAACGAAAGGUAGACGACCUUCGAGACAGAUAUUAUAAAACAUCCCGAAAAUUACAUCAGAUUCACAAUGAGUACGUGCUUACAUUGAACGACGCAAUGCAGUAUGAGAAGCAACUUCGGACGGUUCUAUUACCUGACCUCCUCGAAUGUCAGGAGUCAGCGCUUCGGGAAGCUCUGGAAACCUGGCAAGGCGUGAUGCGGGAGGUUGUAGAAAGAAUAGACUUUUGCUCCGAAGGCUUUCAAGCAACACAUGGGCGAUUAUCGUACGCUUUAUCACUUAUUGACCCCGACAAAGAGUAUCGGGCAUUUCUAGAUGCGCACAAAUCUGCAUCCCCAGCUUGGAUGGACUUUCAGCUUGCGUCGCCUCUUCUCAACAGUCAGCUGGGCAAAUACGAGGGAACCCUUCGGCCUGACAAGCUCGCCGUAGACGACCUUACCAUUCACGACCUUCGCAACAGAGUAUCCGAAAUCGAGCGAAGGAUAGGUGCGGCACGUGACGAUGUCCAUGAGAAGGAGAGCCAGCUAAGACAGCUUGAGACCCAGAGAAAUUCAAUUCCUGACUAUUCGUCCCAUGGGAUCGAGACCAAUUACGAAUUGGCAAAACGGCGUGCUGUGGACCAUGUGCGACGUGAUCGGGAUGAAAUACGUUGUACUUACGAGCGACUCUCGCAUCAGCUGGCGUUAGUUGUGGGUGCGCUGUCUGAGGUCCCGGAUCCUCAGAACGUUCCUCGGGCACUUAAUCUGCUUGAGCCACCAAGCCCAUCUGUUGCAUCAUCGACAUCACAAGAAUCGUUGAAUUUUUCGCCGGGGCGGUUCACCGCCAGAGGCAUUGUCGAGCGUAUCAGUCGGCCGUUCCAAAAGAAAGAGGAGAUUCGAGUUGUAAGCGUACGGCAACGGUCUCCGUCGCCGCCUGAUCUCGAUAAGGCACAUACUCAAGAUGAAAGCUUCGCACGAAAGAUGACAGUCAAUCCGAACGUGGCUCUCCAGGACGAAGAAUGGUUUCAUGGAGUGCUACCGCGGGAAGAAGUAGUGCGACUGCUUGUUAACGAGGGUGACUAUCUGGUUCGCGAGACGACCCGAAACGAGGAACGACAAAUUGUCCUUUCUGUUAAAUGGGCUGGACAUAAGCACUUCAUUAUUCAACAUACACCAGAGGGAAAGUUCCGAUUUGAAGGAUCUGCAUUCGACACAAUCCAAGAACUCAUCGUAUACCAACAUCAUUCCGAGCUGCCAGUAACAAUCAAAUCAGGAGCUAUACUUUACAACCCCGUCUUCCGCGAAAGAUGGGAACUCAACAACGACGAUGUUCAGCUUAUUGAAAAAAUUGGAAGGGGAAAUUUCGGCGAUGUCUACCGCGCGGUGUUGCACCCUUCACGAUUAAAUGUCGCUGUGAAGACGUGUCGUGUGAAUUUGCCUGAGGAGCAAAAAAAGAAGUUCCUCAGCGAAGGUCGAAUCCUCAAGCAGUAUGACCAUCCGAAUAUUGUUCGUUUUAUUGGGAUCUGCGUACAGAAACAGCCUAUUAUGAUUGUUAUGGAACUCGUCCCAGGCGGUUCAUUGCUGAACUACCUUCGACGAGAAGGUCAGAGACUGGCUACUCGUACCCUGGUGAGUAUGUGCCUUGAUUGCGCGGCCGGAAUGGCCUACCUCGAAUCGAAGGGCUGUAUUCACCGGGACCUCGCAGCCCGAAAUUGUCUGGUUGGCGAACGGGACGAGGUGAAGAUCUCCGAUUUCGGUAUGAGCCGUGAAGAGCAUGAAUACGUCGUUUCUGAUGGCAUGAAACAGAUACCGAUUAAGUGGACUGCACCUGAGGCAUUACAUUACGGAAAGUAUACGUCUCUAUGCGAUGUAUGGUCAUUCGGGGUGCUCGUAUGGGAAGUUUUCUCGUUAGGACAGGCGCCGUACGCAGGGCUAUCGAACAGCAAGGCCCGAGAAAAAAUCGAUCAAGGGUAUCGCCUGCCUGCGCCGGACAGAAUACCUUCACCGGUAUACCAACUGAUGCUGCGAUGUUGGGAGUAUACACCCGAGCGAAGACCACACUUCGAUGACAUUCAUAAGGCUCUUCUGAAUGUAUUUAAGCAUUUAUAAAUAAAUAGAUAUACUGAAAAUACUACCACAUUAUAUAAUAUAAUUCUAAAUAUAAAAAUGAUGAUGAGAAAUGUGUUUAAAAUAGUAACCAAAGCGAGGCAGAAUAAAGUACCA